GCCUCUCUCGCUCCGAUGCCGCCGAGCCUCGUCGCCACUUCUGAGUGGCCGUCUGGCGGAGGUGGCAGCGAGCUCCCGGGCUCUGGGCAGGGGAAUGGGGCAGGGAAAAAACCAAAAGCCAAGGCACCACUUCCUCCAGCUGAGACCAAAUACCUUGAUGCCUCUUCAGUUGAUGAUUCUGUAGAAUCCUCUGCUUUUAUCAUGGAACAGAAGGAAAACAUGAUAGAUAAAGACAUUGAACUCUCAGUGGUCCUUCCUGGGGAUGUUAUCAAAUCUACUACUGUUCAUGGCAGUAAACCUAUGAUGGACUUGUUGAUAUUCCUCUGUGCACAGUAUCACUUAAAUCCAUCAAGUUACACAAUUGAUUUGCUGUCAGCUGAAAAGGACCCCAUUAAAUUUAAACCGAACACACCAAUAGGAAUGUUGGAGGUGGAGAAAGUAAUUUUAAAGCCAAAAAUUUUGGAUAAGAAAAAACCUACACUUUUAAUACCAGAGAAAACUGUGAGAGUAGUGAUCAAUUUUAAGAAAACACAGAAGACGAUAGUGCGAGUUAGCCCACAUGCACCACUUCAAGAUCUUGCCCCCAUUAUAUGCAGCAAAUGCGAGUUUGAUCCGUUACAUACACUGUUGUUGAAGGAUUAUCAAUCUCAGGAGCCCCUCGAUAUGACAAAAUCUCUUAAUGACCUGGGACUAAGAGAAUUAUAUGCCAUGGAUGUCAGCAGAGCCACUUCUGUUACUGCCUUCAAUAAGUCAUCUUUACAAGAGUCCUGCCAAAUAUCACAAAACCUAGACAUUAUGAAGGAGAAAGAAAAUAAAGGGUUUUUCAGCUUUUUUCAACGCAGUAAGAAAAAGCGGGAGCAAACUGCAAGUGCCCCUGCAACUCCCCUAGUAAGUAAGCAUCGCCCAACUUUUAUGAGGUCCAAUACCGUUUCCAAACCUUAUAUUUCAAACACCCUGCCAUCGGAUGCACCAAAGAAGAGGCGGGCUCCAUUGCCUCCCAUGUCGGGGUCUCAGAGUGUCCCCCAGGACCUUGCUCACAUGCAGGAGAGGCCAGCUUCUUGCGUAGUGAAAUCCAUGAGUGUGGAUGAAACAGAUAAGAGUUCCUGUGGAGCAGGCAUAGUGAGGACAGGCUCGCUGCAGCUCAGUAGCACAUCCGUUGGGAAUUCGUCUUUGAAAAGGACAAAGCGAAAAGCACCUUCCCCACCCUCCAAGUUACCCCUGCAUCAAAGUGAUGAAAAUAGUCAUGCGACUGCCCUGGAGUCAGUCCCUUCAGUUCCUACUGACAGUGUUUCAGAAGCAAACUCUCCUGAGAGGCUGUCCAGCCCAGAAGCCUCCCUUAGCCUUGGGCUCCCCGGUCACGAACAGUGCCCUGUGCUCAAAGUGAUGGAUGAAGCCUCUCUCUCCGAGUGCCCUGGAACGCCCGAAGCAGCUGUAGCCUCUCUGACAUCUGGAAUAAGCUCUGAUUAUAGCCUUGAAGAGAUAGAUGAAAAGGAAGAACCGAGUGAAGUGCCUAAAGAUGAGGCUGAAAAUAUUUCUCUGAAGUCACAAGAUAUUCCUUUUGGAUCUACUGAUAUAACAAAUACACUGAAAAAUGAUCCUGACUCAGCCCUUGGCAAUGAUACUGGAGAGUCCUCACAAAACUCCAAAGAAGAAAAACAAGAAGCUAGAAACACAGAUGGGCAGGGACCACACAUUAUGGUGUAUAAUGCAAGCAAUGAAGAGAGGGUAGUUGACAGUGUAAGAAACUUGAAGUCAUUGGGCCCAAACCAAGAGAAUGAUCAAAAUGAAAUAAUUAUCAUUCCAACGAACACAGAAGGUAAUAUGAAAAACAGAGUGAGGAGAACAGAAAUCAAUGCAGGAGGUGUUGCCAAAAAUAACAAUGUGGACAUGGAAGCUGACAGACUAUCAAACUGUGAGGCACAUAAAACUAAUACUGCUAGAAGUUACAAGGAAAAUCAUCCAGUUACUUCAGUAGUACGAGAUCAAAAACGGAAUCAACCCAGUGCAGAAAAGACAAAAAUGCAAGAUGCAGCAAUUCAGACAACCCCUUCCUGUAACAGUUUUGAUGGGAAUCACCAAGAUCGUAAUUUGUCUGACUUCAAAGUUGAUGAAAGUGUGCAAACUUCAAGUAACAACAAAUCAACUCAACACUCACCUUUAAGUCCACAAGGCUCUGUGGAUACCUCAAGAGAAUUCAGGAGUCAGGGCCCCCUAAUUGAACAUUCAGAAGAUCGACUCACCAGAAAAGACCCAAUUUGUGCACAAGGUAAUGAUGACCUUUUGCCUCCUGUCGAUGGGAUUGAUAAAAAUUCAACUGCUUCUUAUAUAAAGAAUUAUCCACUUUACAGACAAGAGUACAAUCCCAAGCCAAAACCUUCAAAUGAAAUUACAAGAGAGUACAUACCCAAAAUUGGGAUGACUACUUAUAAAAUAGUGCCUCCCAAAUCCCUGGAAAUAUCGAAAGAUUGGGAAUCAGAAACCAUAGGGUAUAAAGACAAUCAGGAGAUACAUACUUUAGGGGAAAAGCACACUCAUGAGAAUGUAAAAGAAACUGCAAUCCAAACAGAAGAUCUUGUUAUUUCUGAAAGCCCAAAGGAGCCACAGGCAGACCUUAAAGGGAAGCCUACCCCGAGAACAGAGCAUCAGGGGCGCAGUGGGCAGAGCUCUCCCCCAAGCACCACCAAGAAUCCUCUGAAACCUACUCCCAGAAUGACGAGAGACACUGGCACAGCUCCUUUUGUGCCAAAUUUGGAAGAUAUAAACAAUAUUUUGGAGACAAAAUUUAAAUCUCGGGUUUCAAAUCCUCAGACCAAACCAAGUUCUUUUUUCUUGCAAAUGCAAAAAAGAGUUUCAGGUCACUAUGUGACGUCUGCAGCUGCCAAGAGUGUCCACGCUGCCCCUAAUCCUACUCCGAAGGAACUAAUAACGAAAGAGGUGGAAACGGAUAUAACACCUCCUCCAGAGCAAACUCUUUCCCCCUUAAGUAAAACAGUUCACUCUCCUCCACAGCCCCACAUGAAAAACACUAAUGAUGACAUCAUCAGUAAGAAGCCUCCUGAAACCUCUCCUCCUCCCGUAGCUCCGAAACCUGUUCCUCUCCCCGCGAGGCAGUUGGCUGCACUAAAUCUGAAGACUUUGAAAACUUUUGGCGCCCCGCGACCUUACUCCAGCUCUGCUCCUUCGCCGUUUGCCCUCGCUGUGGUGAAACGGUCACAGUCUUUCAACAAAUCACGCAGAGAGUCGUGCGAUGAGGGUGCGUCCUCCCAACCUCCAGCGGACACAGAGGAAGGGAAGACUCCUCCUGUAGAUAAAUUUGUGGACAUCCCACAACUAGGUGUGAGUGAUGAGGAAAAUAACUCUGCACAUAAUGAACAGAAUUCCCAAAUACCAUCUCUGACUGACUGCCCAUCAUUCACCCUUAAGAGACAAAGUUCUUUAACAUUCCAGAGCUCUGACCCAGAACAGAUCCGACAGAAUUUGCUGACUGCAAUCCGUUCUGGAGAGGCUGCUGCCAAAUUGAAAAAGGUGACUGUUCCAUCAAAUACAAUAUCUGUGAAUGGAAGGUCAGGACUCAGCCAUUCCAUGUCCCCUGAUGCCCAGGACGGCUGUUAAACGUUGCCGUGCCAUACUACUCUUCACCCCUCCACUUCACAGAACAGCUUCGUACUAAUGGAGAAUGUUGGCAAAUGUAUAUUCAGAUGUACACUAAUAUAUUAUCUAUAGAAGUGUAAGAAUUUGUGCUGUGGCUUUGAAUGCCAAGAGAAAGAAUUACUAGAAUUUGUAAUUUAUAAUAAUACUUUUGGCCUUUUUGCCUUAAGAGCUGAAUAUGCUGCUUUAGAACUUGAAGACAAGGUGUUAAUGGCUUUCAUUUUUUUCAAAUGAGAUAUAGUCACCUUUUGUUGAUUCCACUUACUUAUUGACACCUUCUCUACAGUGGUGACUUAGACAAAAGGAUAAAUUAAGAUUCAUAGACUUAUAUUUGAAUGACAUAUGAAUAACCAGGCAAACAUAGAUUGACAUUGGCUGCCUCAAUGUCACAGUUUAAUUGGAAACGUUUAUAAGUUUUGUUAAAACCUGUUUUGUGCUGAAAGUAUGAUCUAGAAAACUAAUUAUAUCAAGUAAGUAUAUUCAGUUCAACAGUUAAUUUCAGUGAUGAAUCACUUAGUGUGCAAGUCUUAUCUUGCGUGUUCUUUAUGUAAUCACAAGAUCAGUGUCAAAUUUAUGGGAAGCUCAUAGUAUUUUAAUAUUUUAUCAACAUGGAACACUUGGUUUUUUAAUCUUUAGAAGUUCAAUUGCACAAACAGAAUUUUAAAUAUUUUCUGUAUAUAAUUAUGACAUUAUUGUCACACAGAUAUUACACAUUUUAUGUGCCAGAAGCCUUAAAAAUCUUCCUGUGAAAAUGUUGAUAUAUUGUGACAACUGUUUCACAUUCAAUAUGUAGAGAAGAAUAGGGGUUAGUUUAUGUCCAUAUUGGAAAACUUUAAAGACUACUUGGAGGUUCCAGAAAUCCUGGUUUUAAUUAAAGUAAAAUGAUAAAGUCAGUAUGUAGUUCAGAUGCUAAUAUUCUAAAUAAUAAUAUAUAUUUACAUUAAAGCUAAAACUGUUAAGCAAAACAAUGCCUAAUUUGUUGGCUUAUAACUGUUCUGGGGUCUAGAGCUUGUUGAUGUUCUAUUUCUACUUGAAGAAUUUAAUUGCUCACUUAUUCUAAAAGUUUUGUCAAACAAGCUGAUGUUAAGCUGGUUUUCAUUAAAGCUACUGGGUUAUCUGCCUCUUUGGAAAAUGUGUUGAUUUUUUUGCCCUAUUUAAUAAAAGCAAGUUAUAUAUUUGG